AAGACAGCAGAGAGAGAAAGGGAAAAAGCUGCAUGGAAGAACUGGAGUGAGGUACAAAUCGCAGCGGCUGACAGAGCUGGUUGGCGGGAUUGUGUUGAGGCCUUAUGUGCCACACGGCACGAAGAAGAUAGGUAACAGGUAACAUCCUAGAGUAAACUGCUUGAAAACCCUACCCUUCACAGCGGCACAUACCUAUAUAGCCCAUAUAUGGCAGUGCCCCCCCCCCUCUCCCUCCGGGGAUUGCUCUUCCGAUCCGUAUUCCCAUCCUACCAUGUGCUCGCCUCGUUGGUGAAAGGCAGACAGCCUGUCGGAAGAGAGCCUGGGCCGAGUUUGUUUGCCUAGGUUAGUAACCAGCGGUAUUCUUUCUAAGUGAUGCAACCUCAAGGAAGAGGAAGCAAAAAUGGCUCCAAAAUAUAAAAGCUACGAGUAUUGGGAACACGUUCUCAAGUCUCCAAAAUACAUUGUGGCUCCUAUGGUGGAUCAAUCUGAACUACCCUGGCGACUUUUGAGCCGGAAAUAUGGCGCACAGUUGUGCUACACGCCAAUGAUUCACGCCGGCCUGUUUGUGAAGGAUUUGUUUUACAGGAAGGAAUCUUUUCAGACUUGUAAAGAAGAUAGACCAUUGAUUGUACAGUUUUGUGCAAAUGAUCCAGAAAUUUUUCUCAAAGCUGCUCAGUUAGUGGAACCAUACUGUGAUGGAAUUGAUUUGAACCUUGGAUGUCCACAGAUAAUAGCAAGAAGAGGUCACUAUGGGGCAUUUUUACAAGAUGAGUGGGAAUUAAUAGCUUCCAUGGUUAGCUUACUCAAUGAGAAACUGUCCAUUCCAAUAAGCUGUAAAAUCCGUGUGUUUGAUGAUCUGGAAAAAACUGUGAAAUAUGCAAAAAUGUUAGAGAAAGCAGGCUGUCAGCUACUGACUAUUCAUGGACGCACAAGGGAACAAAAGGGUCUGAACACUGGCUUAGCAAACUGGGAUGUAAUCAAAACAGUAAAGGAAAAUGUGUCAAUCCCUGUCUUUGCUAAUGGAAAUAUUCAAUACUUGCGGGAUGUGGAGAGAUGUAUGGUCUAUACAGGAGUAGAUGGAGUAAUGUCAGCAGAGGGAAAUCUGAGCAACCCAGCCCUUUUCAGUGGUGAACAUCCCCCUGUGUGGGAAAUGACAGAUCAGUACUUGGCACUGGUGGAUGAACAUCCAUGCCUAUUGUCAUACAUAAGGGGACAUCUGUUUAGGCUUUGGAGGAUUGUUCUGGAUAAAAACAAAGACCUGAGAGAUAUCCUGGGAACAGCCAAGUCAAUCGAGAAAAUGAAAGAAGUAUGUCAGACGUUGAAAGAGAGAAUUCAGAAAGAUAUCGAAGAAAACGUUGAACCGGACUCCACAGUUAUUCCUUAUUGGAGAUGUCAGCCAUACAUAAGAUCGAAUCCAGGAGUAAAGAGAACGCUGGAACAGAUGAAGGAAGACGAAGAGAGAAUCAAAGAGGUUACAAAAGCCAGAGAAAUGAAGAAAGCCAUGAAGAAAAAGAAAGUGAAAGCGCGAAAUGAAAGGACUUGGUCGAUCUGUGCAAAGUGUGCAGUCAAUCCUAAGGGCAUGAAAUGUUCAUUCGAUCUGUGUCGUAUUUGUUGUCGCAUCAAGGCAAUUGACGAGGCCUUGGACUGUCGAGGACAUCGAAUCAAAGCAGCUCGUUUAAAAGCAGACGAUUCAACCCCGAAAGAAAUUAAUAAUCACCUUGUUGAAAAAGAGCUUAACAAAACGGUGGAAACUGAACAGUUACCGAGUUGACAGACGACAGACGACAGACGAGGGAUAGAACUUGGAUGAGUUUGGCAGUCGAAUGUACAAACUUGGUGCUUUUUUCCACUUCUAAGCCCGGCGACCUCAGAAUGCAAUUACCUUGGUCGCGGUGACGGAUUCUCAAUACUAGUGAAAUCUGUACCAUGGUCUUUCGAUUCAGUUCUGCCGACAAACAUUCUUCUUACCACACAAUUGAAGUCGUGAUGUAAUCUGGUUCCAAGAUCUCUUGUGUGGGGGCGGGGGUAGAUCCAGGAACGGGAUAAUUCUCGCAUGCCACAAUCCUGACACGGUCGCGUGAUACAGGUCGCGGAUUUGAACAUAUCGUCCUCAAGUGAAUUGGGAACGAGGGAGUUGUGAUGUAGGGCUGCGGGACAAGCUUUUUAUUACGAAAAGAAUGACGUUGUUAUUGCUGUUCGCGGAGAAGUAAUUACAUUUGUGUAUUUUAUUUGUUUGAUUAGUUAGCUAAUUACGAGAAGAUUAGAUUUAGAAUAUUCUUAGAAUAAAGUUGUGAGAUGAUCCGAAAAAGAACAGAUUUUAAACCUAGUGGUUAUGCCAUGAAAUUCUAUCACGAGGUUAUCGUAAGUUGUCUGUUACUAGUAUCCACGCUCGUUUCGUUAAGAGAGACAUUUCUAAGUUCUUAUAACCGGAAUGCUUGAUAAUUUAUUGGUAGUGAAAAUAGGCGAGUGUUUCAUUGAGACCAGUUGCGUUUUUUUUCCGUUGGCAGUUCUUGGCGCUGCUCAGGACACCUGAUACAUGCUUCAUACAACACUCAAACGACGGUUCUUCCCACAGUAACUAAAUAUGAAACUCACUCGAAAUGAGUGAAAAACUGCAAUCUAUAUUAAAACCUGUGGGAAUGGGCCAUUUCUGUUUCAAAGCGAGUCCUUGUGCAAAAUUUAACCUUUCAUACGAAAAUGAGUUUGGUUUGCAUAAAAAUAAACCUGUAACAGGGACACAUUUUCGUAUGAAUGGUUUCGCACCAAGACUCGUUUUGACACAGAGGCAAAAGGCAACUCCGAAAUGACCUGUUGAAACUAAGGCAUGACCCAGUGGCUCUCAUUAUUUCUAAGGAUAUAAAAUUAAUUAACCAGGAUUUUAGUUGAUGGAAUAGUUCCUUAUUAAAAUUGUAUUGUAAGGUCA